AUGUACUUCUGCUGGGACGCCCGCUCCGGGGGACCUCAGCGCCGGGGGACGGCGGGCGCGGGCGGCGCCGCGCUGCUGCAGGCGGCCAGCGGGGAGAGCCACUCGCUGUUGCUGCUGACCAACCGCACCGUCCACUCGUGCGGAGACAACAGCUGGGGCCAGCUGGGCCGGAGGGGUGUCCAGCGCCGGGAGCAGCCAGAACCAAUUGAGGCAUUGGAAACUCUACGGGUUGACCUCGUGAGCUGUGGGAAGGAGCACUCUCUGGCUGUCUGCCACAGUGGAAGGGUCUUCGCAUGGGGAGCUGGUUCUGAAGGGCAGCUGGGGAUUGGAAAUUUUAAGGAAAUAAAUUUUACACCUCAGAAAAUAAAAAGUCUGACUGGGAUAAAAAUAAUACAAGUUUCCUGUGGACAUUACCACUCCCUGGCAUUAUCAAAAGAUAGCCAAGUGUUCUCAUGGGGAAAGAACAGUCAAGGUCAGCUGGGCCUGGGGAAGAUGGUCCCCUCCCAAGCCACCCCACAGAGGGUGAGGUCCCUGGAGGGGAUCCCUCUGGCUCAGGUAGCUGCAGGAGGGGCUCACAGCUUUGCCCUGUCUCUCUUGGGGACUUCAUAUGGCUGGGGAAGCAACAAUGCAGGGCAGCUGGCCCUCAGUGGAAAUGACAUCCCAGUGCAAAAAUACAAGCCUUGUUCAGUUGGUGCACUGAAGGAUUUGGGUGUGAUUUAUAUCAGCUGUGGUUAUGAGCACACUGCAGUGCUUACCCAGGGCGGGAGAGUGUUCACAUUUGGGGACAAUAGCUUUGGACAGCUGGGACACAGCCUCACUGCUGAGAAGAAAGGUCCACAACUCAUGGAAGGAAUCGAUGGCCAAGUUUCACAGAUAGAUUGUGGAAGUUAUCACACCCUUGCCUAUGUGUACACCACUGGUCGGGUGGUGUCAUUUGGUCGUGGACCAAGUUGCACAAUCAACCCAACUCAUCUGGAGGCCCUGACAGAGAACUUUGACAUCAGCUGCCUGAUUUCUGCUGAUGACCUUGUGGAUGUUCAAGUCAAACACAUUUUUGCGGGAACAUAUGCCAACUUUGUGACAACUUAUCAGGAUACUAGUUCCACAAGUGUUUCCAGGAAAGCCCUGCCAGAAAUAAGCCGAAUUACCCAGUCCAUGACAGAAAAAUGGAUAGCAGCAAAAAGAGGAAGUACUGAACAUAAAGUGGCUGAAAGUGAAAUUAGAAUGAUAUUUUCAUCUCCUGCUUGCCUGACUGCGAGUUUUUUAAAGAAAAGAGAAACUGGAGAAAAGAUCGUUAGUGAUGUGGACUUACAAAUGGCAGGAGAUACCUUCAAGAAGUUAACAGAAAAGGAAUGGAUUUCUUUCAUGAUAACUACAUGUCUCAGGGAUAAUUUGCUCAAAGCUCUUCCAUGCUGGUCUCCCUACCAAGAAGCUUUAGAAGUUUUUCUCCUGCUACCAGAAUGUCCUGUGAUGCAUGAUUCUAACAACUGGGAAAGCCUGGUGGUUCCAUUUGCAGAGGCUGUUAGUAAAAUGAGUGACAAAUCUUUACCAGUCCUGAAGAAAUGUUGGGCAUCUCUGCAAGAAUCUUCUCUGAACACACUGGUCCAGAUGCUUAAAACAGCCAUCAUCUCUCAACUACUUCGUUGGAUUGGAACUGAUCAGGGUCACCGUAAUGUUAAAGUUCUUCUAGGAAUGAUGAAAGAAGUGUAUAAGGUAAACAAAGCUAACUGUCUACUGCCAGAAAAUACUUUCAACAUAAAUGAACUCUCGAACUUGUUGAACUUUUAUUCAGAGAGACAAAGACUGUAUCUUCGGAAUAACAACCUGGUAACUGCAAAAAACCCCAGUCCUGUUAUUUUCAGUGACUUUCCAUUUAUCUUCAAUUUGUUAUCCAAAAUUAAAUUAUUGCGAGCUAAUUCAUAUAUAAAGAUGAUGGGGUUACAAAACACAGCAAACCCGAAUUGCAUGGAAACGAUUGUACAAAGAAUGAAUGAAUUCCCUCCAUCACCCACAUUUAUACUUAGAGUCAGACGAAGUCACCUGGUUGAAGAUGCUCUGCGUCAGUUAAACCAAGUUGAAGUCACUGACCUUCAGAAAGCAUUAGAGGUUGAAUUUAUUAAAGAGAUUGGUCCUGAGCGUGGAGGGGUCAGUUCAGAGUUCUUCCAUUGUGUAUUUGAAGAGAUGACCAAGCCAGAAUAUGGAAUGUUCAUGUAUCCUGAAAAGGGUUCCUACAUGUGGUUUCCUGUCAAUCCUAAAUUUGAGAAGAAAAGAUAUUUCCUCUUUGGGAUGCUGUGUGGGCUCUCCUUAUUCAAUUUAAAUGUUGCCAACCUUCCUUUCCCACUGGCUCUGUAUAAGAAACUUCUGGAUCAAAAGCCAUCAUUGGAAGAUUUAAAAGAACUCAGUCCUCUUUUGGGGAAGAGCUUGCAAGAAGUUAUAAAUAAUAGAGCUGACGACAUUGGAGAAGAACUUUACAUACACUUUUCUAUACAUUGGGACCAAAAUGAUGUUGAUUUAAUUCCAAAUGGGAUCUCUACACCUGUGGACCAAACCAACAAGAAAGACUAUGUUUCUAAAUGUGUUGAUUACAUUUUCAACAUCUCUAUAAAGGCAGUCUAUGAGGAAUUUCAGAGAGGAUUUUUUAGAGUCUGUGACAAGGAGAUAAUUAGACUUUUCCAGCCUGAAGAACUAAUGACAGCAAUAAAUGGAGAUACUGAUUAUGACUGGAAACGAUUUGAAAUGAAUUCACAAUAUAAUCAAGGAUACCACAAAUCACAUCCUACUAUACAAAUGUUUUGGAAGGCUUUCCAUAAACUAACUUUAGAUGAAAAGAGAAAGUUCCUCCUUUUUCUUACAGGACAUGAUAGACUGCACGUAAGAGGCUUACAGGAAAUGGGAAUAGUAUUUCGCUGUCCAGAAACUUUCAGUGAAGGAGAUUGCCCAAGAUCAGUGACAUGUUAUAAUAUUCUGGACCUCCCUAAAUAUUCUACAAUGGAAAGAAUGGAGGAAGCACUUCAAAUAGCCAUCAACAACAACAGAGGGUUUGUCUCACCCGUGCUCCCACUGUAAUAACCAACCACCUCUGAGG